ACCACGCGCGUGUUUGGGCUGCUCUCCGGCAGUCGAUGACGUCGUGACGCCCGCCGACGCGCUGCGACGAGAGAGUGCGAAAAAAAACGCGGUGGGGCGGCUUCGGCGACGCUCUGUGGCAACGACGAGCGCGCGGGCGCGCGCGGGCUGGCCCGACACCCGCCCGCGCCGCCGCCGCCGCGCCCCAGACGCCGCCGGAGUCCCUGCCGCUCGCCCACCGACGAGAGCGCGCCUCGGCAAAUCGCCCCUCGACGCCCUUUCUCCCUCGCGCGCUUCGAACGCCCCGCUCGACGCCCGCUCGCCCCCGCAGCCUCUCACGCGCCUCUCGAAGAACCGCAAGAAGCGCGGACACGUGUCCGCCGGCCACGGCCGCGUCGGCAAGCACCGCAAGCACCCCGGCGGCCGCGGUAACGCCGGCGGCCAGCACCACAUGCGCACCCUGUUCGACAAGUUCCACCCGGGUUACUUCGGUAAGGUCGGCAUGCGCCACUUCCACGUGCUCAAGAACCGCGCCCACUGCCCCAUCAUCAACCUCGACAUGCUCUGGCCGUCCCUCCCCGUGGGCACGCUCGAGUCCGUCCCGGAGGGCAAGGCGCCCGUCAUCGACGUGACGAAGAGCGGCUUCGCCAAGGUCUGCGGCAAGGGCCGGCUCCCGAAGCAGCCCGUCGUCGUCAAGGCCAAGAUGUUCACCAAGAUGGCCGAGAGGAAGAUCAAGGCGUGCGGCGGCGCGUGCAUCCUCGUCUGAGCGCGCGGUCCCUCCUCCGGUCGGGGUCGCGGCCGUCGCGCGGCCCCGCCUAACUCGACUUCCUAGUCUC